AUGUUCCGACCUCAGCUCCUGUCCCGCGCUGCCCGCCGGGCUUCCCCCCUGUCUGCCCAGCAUGCAGCUCGUCAGUCCGCUCGCCCGCUGUCGCUGACAGCGCAGCGCUUCGACAAGAAGAACGACGACGUCAAGGCUGCGACAACAGCCGGUGCUCCCGGCGAGUCCGGUGAGCACGAGGGCCAGUUCGCUCGUACCGACGAGAGCGUGCAGUGGAAAUACCCUGGCGAGGAGAACCUGCCUUCGUCGCGUCCCGCCCAGGGCCGCGCUGGCUGGCACUUCAAGCGCACUCUCGCCAGCUUCUCCAUGGAGGGCCGCACCGCCAUUGUCACCGGCGGCGCUCGCGGCCUGGGUCUCGUCAUGGCACAGGCGCUCGUCAACAGCGGUGCCAACGUCGCAAUUGUCGACAUGCACAAGGAGGAGGCCGAGAAGUCCGCCAAGAGCCUCAUGGAUACCUUCCGCAAGGAAAACCACCAGACCGACGUUGUUCCCACAGUCACGGCACACUAUGCCGAUGUUUCCAACCCCACGUCUGUCAACGAGUCGAUCGCCGAAGUCCUGGCUCAACACGGAAAGAUCGACAACCUGGUCACCAGCGCCGGCUUUACGGAGAACUUCGAUGCGAUCCACUACCCGCACGACCGCAUGCAGAAGCUUUGGGGUGUGAAUGUUGAUGGAACAUACCUCUUCGCAGUCGGCGUUGCGAAGCAUCUGAUGGAGAGGAAGGCUCCUGGCAGCAUUGUCAUGAUCGGCUCCAUGUCUGGCGCCAUCGUCAACGUUCCCCAGCCUCAGGCUCCGUACAACGCUGCCAAGGCUGCUGUCCGUCACUUGGCUGCCAGUUUGGCCGUCGAGUGGGCCAGCGCGAACAUUCGCGUGAACUCCAUCAGCCCCGGCUACAUGCUGACCGCUCUCACGAAGAAGAUUCUCGAUGAGAACCCCGAUCUGAAGAACAAGUGGACGUCGCUCAUCCCGCAGGGCAAGAUGGGCCAGCCCGAAGAUCUCAUGGGCGCUGUCACGUUCCUGUCGUCGGAUGCGUCCAACUACGUCACUGGUGCUGAGCUCCGCGUCGACGGCGGUUACACCGUGACCUAA